GCCUGCUCUCCGGCGGAGCUGCGUGAGGCCAGGCAGGCCCCCGGCCCCCCCUUCCGGCCGCCCUCGCCUCCUGGCCCUCGCCCGCCAGCGCCUCCACCCGGCUGGCGGCCCCGCGUCGACGCCGUCCGCUACGCUGCUGACCCCCAUCUCGGGCGCCGUCGGCGGGGCCGCGCUCCGCCGGCCUGCGGAUUCCCCGCCGCCUCCUCUUCGUCUACCUCAACGCCCGUCCCGCUUCGCCCGAGGAGGCGGUCCCCCCCGCAGGCAGUCCGGCUCGCAGGCCGCCGGCGUUGUCAUCCCCCGCGCUCCCCCCCGGCCCUCCCCCGGCGCGCAGCCCGGCCGCUCCCCCUCCUCGCUGCGUCCCGAGCGGCCCCGGCGCCGCCACCGCCACCCCCCCCCGAGGCCCGGGCUCGCGACGGCCGAGGGCUCCGUCGGCCCAAGCCGAGCUGGGCGCCCGCGGCCCGGGUGACGCCUCCGCUCCGCCCCCCUCAGCACCUUCCCCGGCCCCCGACGUUGCGCCCUUUCCUCGGCUUCUCUGCGCUCCCCGGCCCCUCUCCGGCCUCUGGUCCCGGCCCCCAGUCUUCUUCCGCAGCCUUCCCUUCGCUCCCUCCCGUCCCCCCCAGCUCCUUGCCUCCAACUCCCUCCCCUUCCACGCCCGCCCUCUCGCCUUCGCCGUCCCAAAGUGGAUUAAUUAUACGCUUUCUGUUUCUCUCUCCGCUGCUCUCUCCCGCUGUGAGCCUGCCCGCCUCUCGCUGUCCUCUCUCCCUCUCGCCCUCUCUUCGGCCCCCCCUUUUCACGUUCACCCUGUCUCUCUCACUAUCUCUGCCCCUCUCUGUCCUUGAUACAACAGCUGACCUCAUUUCCCGAUACCCUUUCCCCCCCUAAAAGUACAACAUCUGGCCCGCCCCGGCCCGCAGACAGCCCGUCCUCCCUAAAGAAUCAGACGAAAUUUCCCCCCCCCCCCCAAAAAAAGCCAUCCCCCCGUUCUGCCCCGUCGCACAUUCGGCCCCCGCGACUCGGUCAGAGCGGCGCUGGCAGAGGAGUGUCCGGCAGGAGGGCCUUCGCCCGCUGUUCGGUUUGCAAUACGCAGCAGGAAGGUGGGCGGCUCCGGUGCCGGCUUCCAGACAUCAAUGGGGAUCACAGCAGGAAAGUCGAUGCUGGUGCUUCUUGCCUUCUUGGCCUUCGCCUCGUGCUGCUAUGCUGCUUACCGCCCCAGCGAGACUCUGUGCGGCGGGGAGCUGGUGGACACCCUCCAGUUUGUCUGUGGGGACCGCGGCUUCUACUUCAGCCGACCAUCCAGCCGCAUAAACCGACGCAGCCGUGGCAUCGUGGAAGAGUGUUGCUUCCGAAGCUGCGACCUGGCCCUACUGGAGACCUACUGUGCCGCCCCCGCCAAGUCCGAGAGGGAUGUGUCUGCCUCUACGACCGUGCUUCCGGACGACUUCACAGCAUACCCCGUGGGCAAGUUCUUCCAAUCUGACACCUGGAAGCAGUCCACCCAGCGCCUGCGCAGGGGCCUGCCCGCUUUCCUGCGAGCACGCCGGGGUCGCACGCUCGCCAAGGAGCUGGAGGCGCUCAGAGAGGCCAAGAGUCACCGUCCGCUGAUCGCCCUGCCUACCCAGGACCCUGCCACCCACGGGGGCGCCUCUCCCGAGGCAUCCAGCGAUUAGAAGUGAGCCAAAGUGUCGUAAUUCUGCCAAGUGACACCAUCUACCUCGCGCCGUCCUCCUGACCGGGACUGCCCCACUAGGUCUCUCUCUGAAAUCCCUGUACCGUCCUGUCUGCGGGCUCCCCUGACCCAGCCUCUGUGCCCCAACCUCCCCACGUCAGGCAAGUCCCCCUCGGCCCCCUCCAUCUGGCCGAGGGGAUCAGAACAACAUCUCUAAAAAUGUACAAAACCAAUUGGCUUUAAAUAUCCCCCCAAAUUAUCACCCCCCAAAUUACCCCCAAAUUAUACAACCAAAAUUGCAAUCAUAAACCCCUCAAUCAGCCCCCUUGAAAUGAAUUGGCUUUUUAGCAACACCAGAAAAGCAAACUAGCUUUCCAAAAACUUCUUAAAAAAAAAAAAAAAUCAAUUGGCUG